AGCAGUUGAUGAAGGAAGAUCCACUCGCUCUAGCCCGAGCUUCAGCCACUUGCUUUGAUGAGACUCCACUCCACAUAGCCGCCAUGCUUGGUCACCUAGACUUUGCAAAAGCACUUGCUUCUCACAAACCAGACAUGGCCAUGAUCAUGACCACGGCGAUAGACUUGCAGGGGCGUUCACCUUUGCACUUGGCCUCUGCCAAUGGCCAUAUUGAGAUAGUCAACAUGUUGCUGUCAUUGAAUUCCAAUAUAUGCCUCAUCUGUGAUGAGGAUGGAAGAACACCCCUUCAUCUGGCGGUGAUGAAGGGCCACGUUGAGGUCACAAGGGAGUUGGUUAGGGCCCGACCAGAAGUCACUGGGCACAAAUUGGAUCACGGGGAGACCAUUCUGCAUUCUAGUGUGAGACAUAAUCGUUUAGGAGCUCUGAAGAUGUUAGUUGAAUCAGUAAGGGAGGCCGAGUUCAUCAAUGCCAGAGAUGAUUAUGGCAACACUGUCUUGCAUACUACUACAACCUUGAAGCAGUUGGAGACUGUUAGGUAUCUGCUCAAUGGAAAUAUGGUGGAAGUCAAUGCAGUGAAUGAAGGCGGUUUGACAGCUUUAGAUGUCAUUGAACAUAUGCCAAGAGACUUGAAAUCCAUGGAAAUCCGAGAAUCACUAUCAAAAGUUGGAGCUUUAAGAGCCAGAAAUGUACCUGCCAAUGGAGAACGUGAGAUAGCUAUGGUGAUCGAGGAGUCUCGAUUAGAUUCCGUAGCACAACCUCUGGAUGUUUCUCCAAGAGUAUCAAGUCCACGAGCAAUCUCACGAGGCAUCAGUAUUAAGAAACGUUUGGAAAAUCAAGAAAAAUGAUUGAAAAACAAACAUGAAGCUUUGAUGAUAACAGCAGGUGUGAUUGCAGCCAUGGCAUAUCAAGCUGGGCUUAAUCCUCCCGGCGGCAAUUGGCAGGAUGAUAAGUCUGGUUACGUUGCCGGAACAUCAAUAAUGGGUGAUUAUUAUCCAAGUAGUUACCAUUUAUUCUGGAUAUACAACACCGUAGCCCUUGUUACUUCUCUAAGCACAAUUUUUUUGCUUAUAAGUGGAAUACCUGGGUUUUCAUGUCGAUUCUAAUGGUGACUAUGUCGGUCACAAUAAUAUGCAUGGCGCUCUCCUACUUGAUUUCACUGUAGGUCGUUUCACCGUUUCAUCAGAUGGAUGUCAUUGCUAAGGUAAUUUCCAUUUCAGUUUGGAUAUGGUUGGGUCUGAUUGGGAUUGUUUUCUUGGUGCACUUUGUCCGCUUCCUCAAAUGGUGUGUGAGGAAGGUUCGAAAAUUUAAGAACAAGAGGGCUAUAAAGUCAUGAAUGAAGAUUAAUGAUUGACACUCAAAAUGUAUUCUUUUCAUAUUUCAAACCCAAGUUUUAUCCCUACAUUUAUGUGCUAUUGAUAAUAUUCUUUUUAACUUGAA